AUGUCAUCUGCUACUUCUGAAAUUACAAUUGAAGCAGUACCGCCUAAUCCUCUAGAAGGAAUGGAUGUCAUUCUACUUGCCCGCAAUUUGACUAAAGAUAUUAUUGCCAUAUCGUGGACAGGUGGUGAAACUUUGAAGUCAGGGUUUAUGAUUGCAGGAUUUGAUAGGUCACUGCAUAAGGAUGUGCCAGGGGAUAUAUUCGUAAGUCAGGCAAUACUCCAAGACAAUGGCUCUCUGCUGCUCAAGAACGUCAGCAGAAAUAACACAGGAUACUACACCCUGGAAGUAUUGAGGAGAUCAUUUCAAAUGACAUCUGUACAUUUGCAUCUUCAAGUGUACUUCAUAAUUGCUCACAUGACCAUGCCUCGGUUAGUUACUAUAAAGGAUAUGGCAAAGGCCACAAACAGUUUGAACAGUGAAACAUUAUGCACUGAUGGCCCGUAUGCUUCCAUUUCCCCUGCACCCUGCUAUUACGAUACAGGGGACCAUCUCAGGCUCUCCUGCAAUGGAGAACCUGAGAAAUUCACACAGGCUUCUUGGCUGAUAAAUGGAAGGCCCCUGCAGUCCACAAAGGAGCUCUUCAUCCCCCAAAUAACUCUGAAGAAUAGUGCGUCCUAUGUCUGCCUUGUCUACAAUUCAAUCACCCAUUCCUAUGGAUAUACAAUCAAGACUGUCACAGUCCUUGAGACAGUGACACAGCCAUUAAUCCAAGCCAGCAAAACCACAGUCUCAGAAAAGGACACAGUUAUCUUCACCUGCCUUACAGAAGAAUCUGGGGUCUCCUUCUGGUGGCUCUUCAACCACAAGAUCCUGCAGCUCACAGAGAGGAUGAAAUUGUCCUCAGAUGGCAAGGCUCUCACCAUACUUCAUGUUACAAAGGGGGAUGCUGGAGAAUACCAGUGUAUGGUCUCCAACAAAGCCAGUUUCAGAGAAAGUACCCCCCUCAGGCUGAAUGUGAAAUGAGUCAUAUUACUCCUUUGCUAUAUAUUGUUAGUCUCUGAAGUGAACUAUCAAACAUUUUUAUGUAAAAUG